GUCAGGGGUAACACUAAGUGUGCCAGACUACCACAAGAAAUUGAACGGACCAACGUCCACACAAACAUGAAUAUCGCACUGCACAUAGUACCCAGAAGGUACACACACCCUGGCACUAUCUACGCACAUAGAUGCCAACCUGAGACCACACAC